AUAUUCUGUACCUGUAACAUUUUCUGCCAACUUCCAACAUUCGGCCUCGACGACGAAGGCUAAAAAGCGGAUUGACACCGGCGGCUCCAACAGCUUUCUCAAUAUUGGAUUAUUGAUGAAUGGCGAUGGAUCCCUUCUUUGAUGUGCUCCACGAUGAAAAGUCAAACGCGGUUACCGCCACAUCGUCGCCUCCCUUGGGCUCUGUGUGUAGGAUAUAAAUCGACUGAGGAAUACUAAAUAGUUUCAAUAUCUCGCUCUCAGAUUAAUUUAAUCUUUUCCUAUAUAUCCGAUUGAUAAACUAAGAACAAAGAUGUACAAGACAUUCACUACCCUUCCAGCGAAGGAAACCAUACGUUCACCAAAUGUUCCAAAGACCCCCUUCGCUUCCCCCUUCGCAACAAACCACGCCGCUCCAGGCAAAGGGGAGGUUGUCCUCUCUGUACUCCCGCCUUGUGUUACAACCAUCUCGCAGCUGUCUUAUCAAUACCCUCUAAAGAUUCUUAACCGGACUCCCGCAACACCCCUCAAUUCCAAAUAUCCGGAAUGUGCAUCCAUCCCCGUCCAUCUCUACCUGCUCACUUAUGGCGGUGGGUUGCUUCCCGGUGACCACAUCGAUGUCUCGAUCACCCUGCUACCGCGCACGAGAUUGGUGAUGACAACCCCGCAAGGAAGCACGAAGAUAUAUAAGACAGAACGGACGAGGGCGUCGGACGGAGGCGGCCAGCCCGUCAUCCAAAACCUCAGCGGCAACCAACAGUGGCAUGCAGAUGGCGAUGCCAGAGGCGUUAAUAUUGAAUAUUUAGAGCGCGAUAGAGACUCUUCACGAUCCAAAAGUAGUCAGAUACUGGAUGUGAAACUGAGCAACCAGACCGGUCUCUGCUAUAUCCCUGACCCGUCACAGCCGUUCCAAGAUAGCCAGUAUGAGCAGCUACUGCGCUUCACGCUUCUACAGGACAAGCCUUCGGGGGACUCGAAUGCCGAAAACAACUACGGACCAAGUCUUUGUGUCCUCGACUGGGUCAGCCAAGGCCGGUCAGCGCGUGGUGAAGACUGGAACUUCAACUCCUGGAAGGGGCGGAGCGAAGUCUGGUCCGAGGACCCGUCCACGGGCGAACGCAAACUGCUCCUCCGCGACACCGUCGUCCUGGAAGACGAAACAAGAUACGUAGAGGAUGAAGAGGGGAAUUUAGUACCUCUUCCCAACCUGGAUUCUCAUCCAAUACCACCACCGCAACCAUCAUCCGCAUCCCAACUCCAACCACCCUACGACACCUCCCUCACCCCUUCACCCCUCUCUAUCCAAGCACGCACACGCCCGCACGGGAUCGUGGGAACCCUAAUCCUCCACGGACCCCUCUUCGAUUCCCUCGCCUCCUUCAUGAUGAAAGAAUUCUCCUCAUUACCACGUAUUGGCGGGCGAAAUUGGGCUGCAUCGAAUGCUGCUACUACUACGUCUACCGUCAGCGGCACAGCCUCCGAGCCGCCCCCCGUAACAUGGACGGCGUCGCGCGUGCGAUCAAAUUUCGUUCUUGUGAAGUUUGGAGCGAAGGAUUUUGAGAGCGCGAAAGAGUGGUUGGGGGAGUUGGUGAGGAGGGAAGGGAGCCUGGUGGGGGAGUUUGGGACGGAGGCAGUGGGUUGUUUGUAAUUUUUUUUUUUUUUUCGUCGAAUGUUUCGACCAUGCAAAAAGUGGCUAUGCGGAGAAUUAUCCAUCGCCUUCGUUUCUUCGUCUGUAUAUAUUUCAAGCAGGCCUUGUUGCAUAAACAGGAUUAGCCAAAACCAGCGCGAGACGCAAGAAAAUUAACACGUGGGCAACUAUUUGCUCACAUGUUCUAUAGAACAAUUCGGGUCAUAACCAAAGACCAAAGCCCCCCUAGGUUGCACUUACAGUCGAAAUGGGAAAACUCUAUGCAAGUUAAGCGGUCAUAUAUCCAAUGUAGAGUUCAUGAGGCCACCAUCCCAUGAAGCGCCAAACAUGAGAGAACAUAAAAUCUAAUCCAAGGUUGCAUACCACUAGUAUAUAAGUACUAGGUAGGGGGAACAAAAUGAAGAGACCGAUAUCUCGCAGACCCACAUUCCGGAUAUCAAAAUCAUAAUGAACGAACCCAAACGCCCUCAACCCAGUUAAUCAAAAUCCAAAAAAGGAAAACAGAAGGAGCAGAAAAUCCCCUAUGUAGUACAAGUAUAGCCAAGAGUUCGUCUAUCCAGAUCUAAUAAGAGCGCGCACAAAAUGCUCACAAGCAUCCAAGAAAGAGAGGAUUAAGGAACCAACGCAACCAAAACCAAACCCCCAACUAUUUAUUUGACAUUCGUCAUUGCAACAACGUACUCUCGCCCCAAUCCAUUUUCGCCGCGCUUCUCAAAUCGUCGACGUUCAAAAUAUCCACGCCUUCCCUAAUCAGCACAGUCCAGAGGUAAUUCCGCAAGCUACGCGGCCAACUAGGAGUGGACCAGUAGCGCACUUUAAGACCACGUUGGUGUGCACCGCGCACCUGGGCUCUGAGCAGGUCUAGCUGGCUGUGGCUGAGGCGAAAACUCCAGGGGAAUCCGAUAGACUUUCUGAAUGAGACGGAAGCAUAGUAGCUGUUCUUGGGAUUGUAGACAUAUGGGUUGGAUCCUUCUUCGUUUCUGUGGACUCUAGUGGGAGAGGCGUCUACGGGUCGGGGCUCAUAUCGUUUUGGAGUUUUAUUCUGUUGAUUGCGGCGGGACCUAACGAUAUCCAACUCGUCGACUUCGAGCUCCUCAUCGUCGAGAAUGCCUAGGUUUGAGGAUUGUUGCGCACUUCCUAUGAUCGCAUCCUUCGCCAGCUUAUCGAGUGGGGCGUCGAAAAAGACAUCUCUAUAUGUAUCAUUGGCGGUAAUGUUUUCAAAAUGCGCUUUUCCUGUCGCAACUACUGUUACUGGGCCUUCGGUCACACUUGUUCCAUUGAAAUAAGUAAGAUACCCCCGAUCACGCAGUGGGGACAGUUGAGAAAGGAGAUAUGGCCAAGCAUCGGCUCCUUUGUUCUUGAAAUCGAUGAGCAGGACGAGGGUCUGCGAGGGCUUUGUAUCAAAAACACCAUUUGGUGGUUUAUUGGGAUUCGGAUGGAAAUGGGCAAUAGGGUUCUGCUUUUCUAAGAUCUCAACAAGGGGGUCGAUAUACAUCUUCGUCAAAGUCUUAUCCGGAGCGAGAGACCCUGUGGUAUGGCCCACGAAGAGAUCGCCAUCGAAGAGCCAGAUGUCUGCCUCUACACUGAUGCAGCCGGCCUCAAGGGCAGAAAACAAUGGUACGGGCCGCCAAUAGUCGUUGUGAGAAUGGCAGGGGAUAGGAAUAACACCAUCCGUGGUAUCAUUAGGCGCAUGAGAAAGAUACUCGCCUGGCUGGCCGGGUCGACCUGAGCGAGCAAUAGCCCUCUCGAUAUCACUGGGGAAGAAGGAUACGAAGGCCCCCAGGGUCAGAGCGACAAAUUGGACCAGUCCUCUAUUGUUGGUGCCAGUGUCAGCCAUAUUCAGUGCCUUUGUCCACUUUCGCCAGCGUCUGGUUCUCAACAGACGCAUCAAGCGGGGUUCGUAACAGAUAGGGAAAGAAUAAAUGUUUCUAGAGUGACCAAGGGAUUAAAUGAUAGGGGAGAUGUAUGUAUUUCACUAAACAAGCGGGAGGGGAAACACCAACAGCACAGUCAAACAGCCCACGAUGCAAUACAGCAGCAGGCGCCCCGUCCUCCGCCGCCCUUUCCUCGGCGAUUUGGCGGAUUUGCUACAACAAGCAAGGCAGGAAGCGUGCAGAGAACGGUUUCGCUUGUUCAUUGAAGGCUUGUGUAGUUGCGGUGAUGCAUAGCCAUCAUCAUCAUCGUCGUCGUCGACGUCUUUAUAUUCAUCUUCAUCGUCACGAUCAUGGUACAGCUCCGAGCCUCUUUCCACCAGCUCGAGAGGCACGACGGCUUCCAUCUUCCCGCCCGCCCUCCCGCCGUAGGAGGUCAAGCUCGAGUCGACAGUGGAUGAAAGUGUAACAGUAGCCAGUAGUAGUGUCUAGGGUGAUGAUAAUAGACAGUGGUAACGGCAGGAUAAUGGCAUCAAUAAUCUCCACAGACUAGCGGCGAGAAAAUAGAUGCUAGGUCUCCUUUUCUAUAAUAUAUAAAACUCUCCAACAAAUAUAAAAUAUAGCC